UCCGGCGACGGGCCAUGCCGGGGGCUGGCACCUGCGGCUUCCCCGAGUCUCGCCCGCUGAGCUGGAGUUCUCGCUCCGUCCGGGCAGCGUUUCCCAGCUCCACCGGCUCUGAGCUGAGGCUGAGAUUCAGGGCCGAGGCGGCGCCCUAGUAGCGUGGCGAGACGACUGGCCUUCGGGUCGGGAGCGCGCAGGUGCAGGAUCUGGAGACGCACGUACCCCCGCGCGCCGGCCGGCUCCUCGCCGCCCACCUGACGCAGAGAGGGGCGGCGCCGGGCCCGCCCCUCCCCGCCGAGUGGGUCUCGAUUCUCGCGGUCCUGAGCCCAGUUGAAGCCUCGGACUCCCCAUGUAGGCGCAGAAGCCACGGAGGUGUGCGCGCCGCCAGAGGGGUGUCCCUGUCCCGGAGUCCGUGUCCGUUUUGGAGUGAGGGUGGUGGUGGUGGUCUGGGCAACUCAGACCCCAAGAUCGGAUCCUAAUUUCCUCAUCUUUCUCUGGUGCCGUUGACGCCUUGGGUCUGGCUUCCUCCUUCUCUGCCUGCAAACCUAGCCGUGCUAUUUGGUGGGGGAACAGGAGCAGGCUGUGACACUAUCCUGUCCUGAAGAGCCCAGGCUCGGGCUGAAUGGCAGCACCCCCGCUGUGCCGUCUGGUACUGACCCACUUGCUGGUGGCCCUCUUUGGCAUGGGCUCUUGGGCUCCCAUCAACGGAAUCUGGGUGGAGCUGCCUGUGGUGGUAAAAGACCUUCCCGAGGGUUGGAGUCUCCCGUCCUACCUCUCUGUGCUUGUAGCGCUGGGGAACUUGGGUCUGCUGGUGGUGACCCUGUGGAGGAGGCUGGCUCCUGGCAAGAGCGAGCGGGCCCCCAUCCAGGUGGUGCAGGCGCUGAGCGUGGUGGGCACGGCCCUCCUGGCCCCACUGUGGCACCACGUGGCCCCAGUGGCAGGGCAGCCCCACUCGGUGGCCUUUCUGGCGCUGGCCUUGGCGCUGGCGCUGGCCUGCUGUGCUUCUAACGUCACUUUCCUGCCCUUCUUGAGCCACCUCCCACCUCCCUUCUUGCGCUCUUUCUUCCUGGGCCAGGGCCUCAGUGCCCUGCUGCCCUGUGUGCUGGCCCUCGUGCAGGGCGUAGGCCACCUUGAAUGUCGGCCAGCCACCACCAAUGGCACCCUCUGGCUGCCCCACGACAUCCCAGAGCGUUUUCCUGUCAGCACCUUUUUCUGGAUGCUGACUGCUCUUCUGGUCACUUCAGCUGCCGUCUUCCAGGGCCUUCUGCUGCUAUUGCCAUCACCACCGUCUGUACCCACAGCAGGUCCAGGGUCUGGCCUGCCGGUGAGAGCCCCCAGAGUCGAGGAGGAGGAGGAGCAGGAGGAAGAAGCGGCCUUGCCACUGCAGGAGUCCCCGAGUCCAGCAGCAGGCUCCACCGCUAGCCCGGACCCUGAGGCUCGCCAGCUGCUCCCUGUGCACAGCGCCUGCCUGCUGGGCCUGCUGGGCAUCACCAGCGCGCUGACCAACGGCGUGCUGCCUGCUGUGCAAAGCUUUUCCUGCUUGCCCUACGGGCGCCUGGCCUACCACCUGGCAGUGGUGCUGGGUAGCGCCGCCAACCCCCUAGCCUGCUUCCUGGCCAUGGGCGUGCUCUGCAGGUCUCUGGCAGGGCUGGGAGGUCUUUCCAUGCUGGGCAUGCUCUUUGGGGCCUACCUGAUGGCACUGGCAAUCCUGAGUCCUUGCCCACCCCUGGUGGGCACCUCUGCUGGGGUGGUCCUUGUGACUGAGAUCACGACCUGAGCUGAAACGAAGAGGGGAACACUUAGCCGACUGAGCCGCCAGGCACCCCACAACUUUUGUAACUUUAAAGGACACUACCAAGAAGGUCAAGAACGAUCCAUGGAAUGGGAGAAAAUGUUUGCAAGUCAUCUGAUAAGGGACUGUAUCCAGAGUGUAUAAAAAAAUUGUUCAGCUCUACUAUAAAAAGACAAGCCACUUUAAAAACGGGUAAACUACUGAAUAGACGUUUUCCUAAGAAAAUAUACAAAUGGUGAAAAAAAAUGUCAGCCUCACUAACUGGAAAAUAGUUCCCCAUUCCUCACAAUGUCUAACAGAGCACACGAUGUGCAGGUUCUUAGUACCUGAGCAGGGUUGUGUAACCGGCACUGUCAUCUAUGUGUAGAACACCCAUCAUCCCCGCCCCCCGAAACACCUGCCCCUGUGGCUGUGCUGCCUCAGUGCCCCCACCCACAACCCCAUCUCCAGCCCCUGGCAUCCACUGAUCACCUCCCGUCCCUGUGGGCUCACCUGUUCUGGAUGCCGUUUGAAUGGACUCACACACUAGGUGGCCUUUGAUGACUAGGGUCUUUCAUUUUGCACGAUGUUUUCACGGCUCAUCCGCAUGUAAUGUGUUUCAUACUUCAUUCUUGUCGGUUGUCGAGUAGUAUCUCAAUGUAUGGGUAGGAUACAUUUAAUUUAUCUGUUUAUUAACGGACAGAUUUUUGGGUUGUUUUCAUUAUUGAGCCAUAUGGAUAAUGCUGCUGUGAGCAUCUAGUUAGAAGCCUUUGCGUGGACUUCUGUUUCCACCUUACCUAGAAGGGGAAUUGCUAGGUCAUAUGGAGAUUAUAUUUAACACUCUGAGGAAGUCUGCACUGUUUUCAAGCAUGGCUGCCACAUCUUUUAUCCUACCGUUAGUGAGUGAGGGCUCCAGUUUCUCCUGGGCCGUCUGCUACAUAAACCCUCCUGGGAGAUUUCCCAGAGGUCUGUCUUCUCACCUUUUACCCCCUCUUUU